AUGGAUCCCUUGGGUGCACCUUCCCAGUUUGUGGAUGUGGAUACACUGCCAAGCUGGGGCAACUCUUAUGAAGAUCAAUUAAAUGCUUUUGAGAUUGCAGCUGAAAAAUACCAGGAAGAGACUAUUAGAUCACCUUUUCUUUAUAAUAAGGAUAUCAAUGGAAAAGUGGUUCUUUGGAAAGGAGAUGUGGCAUUACUGAACUGCACAGCUAUUGUGAAUACCAGCAAUGAAAGUCUUACGGAUAAGAAUCCUGUGUCAGAAAGUAUCUUCAUGCUUGCAGGGCCUGAUUUGAAGGAGGACCUCCAGAAACUUAGAGGUUGCCGGACCGGUGAAGCAAAAUUAACCAAAGGAUUUAAUCUAGCUGCCCGGUUCAUCAUUCAUACGGUGGGACCUAAAUACAAGAGCCGCUAUCGCACUGCCGCUGAGAGUUCCCUGUACAGCUGCUACAGGAACGUACUCCAGCUGGCAAAAGAGCAGUCCAUGUCUUCUGUUGGAUUCUGUGUCAUCAACUCUGCAAAACGGGGUUACCCUUUAGAGGAUGCAACACACAUAGCUCUUCGUACUGUAAGGAGAUUCCUCGAAAUUCAUGGAGAGACUCUUGAAAAAGUAGUAUUUGCUGUCUCUGAACUAGAAGAGGCUACUUACCAAAAGCUGCUACCUCUGUACUUCCCAAGGUCACUGAAGGAGGAGAGCCGUUCGUUGCCGUACCUACCUGCAGAUAUUGGCAAUGCAGAAGGGGAGCCUGUGGUACCUGAACGGCAGAUUAGAAUAAGUGAAAAACCUGGUGCCCCAGAGGAUAACCAGGAAGAAGAGGAUGAAGGCUUGGGAGUUGAUCUCUCUUUCAUUGGCUCUCAUGCUUUUGCCCGAAUGGAAGGAGAUAUUGACAAGCAAAGAAGACUGAUCCUUCAAGGGCAGUUAUCAGAGGCAGCUCUGCAGAAGCAGCAUCAGAGAAAUUAUAAUCGCUGGUUGUGUCAAGCAAGAUCUGAGGAUCUAUCUGAUAUUGCUUCUCUAAAAGCCUUAUACCAAACAGGUGUGGAUAACUGUGGUCGCACGGUGAUGGUGGUAGUUGGAAGAAACAUCCCUGUAACGUUAAUAGACAUGGACAAGGCUCUCUUAUAUUUUAUCCACGUAAUGGACCACAUUGCUGUGAAGGAAUAUGUGUUAGUGUAUUUCCACACCCUGACCAGCGAGUACAACCACCUGGACUCAGACUUCCUGAAGAAACUCUACGACGUCGUCGAUGUCAAGUACAAGAGGAAUUUGAAAGCUGUUUAUUUUGUUCAUCCAACAUUUCGUUCAAAGGUAUCAACAUGGUUUUUUACCACCUUUUCUGUCUCAGGACUGAAGGAUAAAAUCCACCAUGUGGACAGCCUCCACCAGCUGUUUUCUGCCAUCUCUCCAGAACAGAUCGACUUUCCUCCUUUCGUCCUUGAAUAUGAUGCCAGGGAAAAUGGACCUUACUAUACGUCUUAUCUUCCAUCACCAGAUUUGUGACCUGCUGUCAUUCCGUGCUCCUGGUUUCUAAAGACUCCACUUUUCUCUGCAGAUCCACUACCUGUUGAAGCAAUGCUCAUUUUUGCUGUACAGCUCCAGAGAGCCUUUUGUCCCCCACCUCUCUGGUAUUUUUUUAUUGACUGUAUAUUUUCUGGCACAUAGGCAAUCUGAAAAUGGUAGGCCAUUCUGAACUGUAUACUUAUUUUAAAUUUGUAUAUUUGUAUCAAAUGAAAAUGUUCACUUUUAGAGGAUUGUUGAUAGCAAUUGGGGAGCAACUUCUGAGUAUCU